AUGACAUUACCAAAUGCACCACAAACACCAUCAACAAAACUUAAACGUUCACAAUCAAUGAAUACAAAUCGUCAAGAAAUACCCGUUGGUCAAUCUGUUGCCAGUGUAACACGACCUUCACCAGGUUUUAUGGUUACAUUUGAUACACGUGAGGAAUUUACAAAUCAUGAUAUUGAAGAAUUAAAUAUACAGCUUGAAAAAAAAUUGUUACCAACCGAUAGUGGUAGUCGUUUAUCACGUUGA